AUGUGCUCUAAAAUUGAUUUAAAGAUGAAUGUAGUGGAAUUAUACUGAAAAUUUUUAGUGGAUGUGGAAGGAGCAAAAGUAAAAAAAAGUGUAAAACAAAGAUAAGAGGUUAAGCAGAAGAAGUAACAUUUUUUCUGUUUCUAUUGGGAUAUCAAUGUCAUGUGUGCGAAAGAGAGCAAUACUGGAUCUAGUUUGACAGCAACAAACCAAUAUAAAUCAUAAAAAAGGAAAUGGUGUAAUGAAGAAACGCGAACAAAGUGUAUGAUAAAAAGGAGAUUCAAAAGAGGAGUGCAGUGAAGUGUGUGAGUGGGAGAAGUGGAACAAACGGAAUUGGGAAAGAAAACAUAAAAAUAACUAUUCCAAAUGCAGGAAGCAUCAACAAAAUGGAUAAUAAAACAAUACAAUUGGAUUUCAAAUUACUGGUUGGGCAGUCGCUAAAUCUGCUCGAUAGUCUUGACGCUGUAUCACAAUGCGAUGCGCUUCAUUAUCUGCUAAGAACGCUGAAAUGUAAAUAUCCCGAAGCUUGUGAACGGGUGACAAGGGCUCUUUUCCCCCAUAUCACCGAUGAGUUUGCUAGUUCCACAAAAACCGCAAACAAAAAACAAUUGCAGCUUCAAUUGUUGCUCACUGCCAAAAAGGAAGAGAUUAAAACAGAAGAUGAAGGCUCAACAGAUCUUAAUCAGAACUUUGAGAAGAUCCUUUGCAAGGAGGAGAUCAUGUGUCUCGACGAGGACGACGACGACAUGGUUGGUGGCAUGGACCUGCAUGCCAAUGUAGAAAAUUCUUCUUCCAAUAAUAGACACUUGCAUUAUAACAGCACACAUGCUCUAAAACAAGAUCCGCUCGAUUUGAUACCCUCGUCUAUUAUAAAUACGAGACACCUGACAAAAGCGAAUUCUAGUGCCACCUUUGAGCAUGCAAUUGUGGGUAAUAGUGUUGGCGCCAUUACACGUUUAGCUGGCGAUGACAGUUAUAACAGUUGGGCUGAACUGGCGUCUUGUGAUCAGGAGAAAAACAUGACACGUCAUAACACCAAAAACAAUAAACACAAUAAUUAUCCUAGAUUGCUUAGUGAAAAACUCGUGCUCAGUAUUGAUGAGCGAUGUAAUCCAACUACGAAAGCGAAAGAUGACUAUUACUUCUAUCCAGAUAAUGAAUGGACCAUACACUAUCAUCACAGUACGGGCGAAUUUAAUGUCCGAGCCUACAAACAGCUAUUUCGAUUUCGUCUACAAAAAGCGUUAAGCGAAGAACAUAAACCCUUCUUGAAAAAAUUCUACAAGAAUUUCAUUCUAUCUGGACAGCUAUUGGGCACGCGACCGCCAUUACAUGUCCUUCAAAAAGUGCGGGAACAGCGUUUGGAAGAAUGGCAACAGUUACGUCUGCGCAAAUUGGCAGCAGUUGCAGCGGCUGCAGCGUAUACGCAGCAACGGCAAAUUUUACCUGCGAUCACAUUUGAUUCGGAACUGGAGUCCGAAUCUGAGUCGCAAAUGUCUACGUCGGUAGCCGCACCUGAAAUGUUGAAAUUCGAGGAGAUUACCGAAGAAGAUGCGGGCGCUGGCCGUCUGGUACAUGGCAUGAAAAUGGAGCCGGAUAUCGAAGACGUGUUAGGCGGUGGUAGUAGCGCAAGCGGUAGUGGCCAUAGCAAUAGUAGUAAUGGCGGUGCCACUACAGAUUUGCAAACAUUGGUUGCCACGACGCCAGAAAGUGUGUCGACGAUGACGACAACGGUAAACAAUACUAACACUGCUUCAUUAGCGGGAGGUGAGAGCACGACCAGCGGUAGUUUGAGCAGCAAUAGCAAACCUUUACUACAUAAUCAGCAGCAACAACAAGGAAACAGCAACCUUGUGAUAAAUGGCCUUACAGCAAGCAAUAAUAUAAAUAAUCUUAGCUACAAUAAUCAGCAAUUACCAAAUAUUGUUGGUGAUCUUCCAAGUGUAGCUCCCAAGGAGCAGAAUCAGAAUCCACAAUCUCUGCAGGGCAUUAGUACGCAAAUCGAGCGACAAAAUAGACUGUUGGAACAACGACAGACGAAUUUCUCCAAUCAAUAUCUACAAGAACGAAAUGAACAGCCGUUGAAUUCUUUACAUUUUCCGACGCUAAACGAUGUCGCGCGAGAGAAUGUUUUAGACAGCGCUACGCUGGAUAAUGGCAGUAACAGCAAUAUCAAUAUUAAUAAAAUCGAAUCGAUGCUCUUGCCAGGACUGAAUAAUUGUAGUAAUAGUAGUGGUAGCGGUAGUGCUAACGGUCCUGGUAGCGAUUCUACGGCGAUGAAAAAAAUGCCUGAAAGUCUACAUAACAAUGUGCUCAAUGCAAACCAGUCACAUUUUCUGGGACUUCAGCAGCAGCAGCAACAACAACAACAACAGCAGCAAGAGCAACAGAGGCUAAUAAAACAAAAUCAAAAACAAGAUACCCCGCAACUGCUGCAACAGCACCGAAACGUUAAUGCAAACCUGCAGCAUCCACAAACGCACCCGCUAACAUUAUUGGGUGGCAUGGCUGAAAGUGCGCAGCAUCAAUUGCAACAGCAACAGCAGGAACAACUUCAGCUGCAACAACAGCGCAUGCAGCAACAGAGCACAAAUACAGCUGCGUUCAUCAACAGCAUUGACAAUAUACUCAAUAACGGUAGUUUGCCCGCUGUGAUGCAACAGAAGCAUCCACAACAGCAUUUUAGUGCAGAGCUGUUGGCGCAAUCGCCAACACUACAACAGCAAGGUGCGCAGCAAUCCCCACUAUCCGCACAUGCGCAAAUGCAGCAGCAGCAACAACCACAACAACAAAUGCAACACACGAUACCAAUGUUGCAUAUGCAUCAGCAACAUGUGGACACGCUACAACAACAACAACAGCAGCAUUUGCUUUUGCAGCAGCAGCAACAACAACUCGCUGGCACGUCUUCCGCUUCCACCGCACCAACAUCAGGAGCUUCUUCGUCAAUGUCAAGCGCACUCUCAACGACGCCUAGCAACAUUUUGUCCGGCAUUUCUGCAUCAGCAUCAACUUCCGGUUCGAUUUCGUCAGCUUCGUUGAACGUAUCGUUAGGACUGGAUGAUAAUGAUUUAUCGCACGAUGAGGAUGAUGACAUGGAUGAACAUGAUUUGGACGACAUGGAACCGAAGCAACAGCUUAUUGAUGGCGGUAGCAGCAGUAGCACUUCACUGCAAGCACCGCCAGGUAGUACCGGAGCCCAAGGCGCAGCCGGCACUGGUGCGAAGAAAGCAAAACCCAGUUAUCAAUGUUUGCAGUGUCCAAAGUCGUAUCGAAAACGAAAAUCAUUAUUGGAUCACUAUAAAAUACAUCCAGGUUUUUGUCAUGAUUGUGGGCAACCAAAUGGAACAUCUUUGGAGGAAAUAAUUCAUCACAAUCGAACAGUGCAUGCCAAGGAGUUUCCAUUCGUUUGUGACACGUGUGGCGAAUCCUACUCGCGUCGUCAACAAUUUCAUGCCCAUGUUGAAUCUCACAGCAAGAAAGAAUUCAAAAGUGAGUCUUAUUCGUGUAUAGAAUGCGGGCAAAAGUUUCCACACAAGAAACUGCAUCAACAGCACUUAGACACGACGGGUCACAAGGCUGACGGUGCUAUUUGCGAGGUGUGCGGUGCAGAUUUCCCCUCAAAAAAUGCACUUUAUCAGCACAUCAUUCGUGUCCACAAAAAAGACAACUUUUUCGAGUGCCACAUUUGUCAGAAUCGUUUUACUUUGAAAGCGAAUUUGGAACGCCAUGUACAGCUGCAUACGGAAGUGAAGCGAACAUAUGUUUGUGAUAUUUGUGGUUCAUCGUAUUUUACAUAUCCGGCACUGAAGGAUCAUUAUAGCAAUGCGCAUACUGAUGCAUCGGAAUGUAAGUGCACUUUGUGUGGCAAGCGAUUUGGCUCAGUAAAAUCACUGCAACGGCAUCUGCCAUCACACUCGGAAGAGCGACCACAUUGCUGCUGUUAUUGUGAUCAGACCUUCAAGUGGAAAACUCAUAUGGUACGUCACAAGCAAACCGUACACGGCAAUCAGCCAUCACCGAAGAAAGUCAAACGUUUUGCCAAGGAUGAAGAAAUGGUUCCCACGCCAGAUAUGCCGGGCCCUCCUCCCGCGAAAGUUGCGAAGAAGUCCACUACGAGUAAACCAAAGCAGCAGGCGCAGCAACAGAAUCCGCAACAACAGCAGCUGCAGAGAGGGGUGAGCAAUGUAUCUACACCACCGCCACUCUCCACCACACCCGGUACAUCUCAGCAGGAUCCUUUUAAUGCAUCAAUGAUUAGCAACAGCAGCUCCCAAUCAUCCACUGCGUCAGCAUCGGCGUCACAGCAUUCACUGUCAACCAAUGAAUCCCAACAGAAUUCCAUGUAUACUCAGAGUUUUAAUGCUGAAAAAUUGAUUGGUCAUCAGGCACAACAGCAACCGCAGCCGCAGCAACAGCAACAGCAACAACAACCACAACAGCACCAGCAACAACCACAAUCGCAACAACAAACAGUGGCACAAGUCCCGCCACAACAUUGCAACCCGGCAGCGGUGGCAUCGGUACAUCACACACAACAACAACAACUUCAACAGCCACAAUUACAGCAACAACGGCCAACACCGCCACCCGCACAACAGCAACAACAUCGUCGAACACCCAACACUCCGGAUGGCAGCGUGAACAGUGGCCCCGCUGUACUAGGCGUGGUUGGUGGUAAUGCCAAUGUAUCGGGCAAUAAUCUUAUGUCACGGCUAAAUAAUUUCGGUGCUUCUGCGACUGGAGGUGUCGCCAAUAUAACUGGUGUGUCAGAAUUCCACUUCGACCCUAAUCAUGGUGCGUCUGCAGGACAAAGUAAUGCCAGUGCAUAUCAGCAACAUCAGUUAAUCAAUCAAUACCAACAGCAGCACCAUCAACAACAACAAGCUGCAUCAUCAGCGACCGUGGUACAACAGCAGCAACAUCUGCGUAGCCAUACACCGCAAAGUCCGCACCAACCACAUCCUCAACAACAACAACAACCACAGCAACAACAUUUCACUUCACCGCAUCAUAUGCCUGCGACACAGCAACAAUUACAUCAUCAGCAAAUGCUGCAUCAUCACCAACAAAUGCAGCAGCAGCACCAACAACAACAACAACAGCAUCGUCACAAUCAACAACGUUCACCGUUGCAUCAUGCUACACCCGCUCAACAGUUGCAGCAGCAACAUCAUCAGCCAUCACACUCGCCUCAACGGGGACGUUUGCAGUCGCCACAACCACAGCAAUCGCCGCUUCAGCACCAACAGCAACAGCAACAACAACAGCAGCAGCAGCAGCAAUUGCAACAACAACAACAGCAGUACGCGCUGCAGCAACAAGCAAAUGAAGCGCCUUGGGCUAAUAUUGGAUUUGGCGCCAGUGCGGUAAGUGGUGUUAGUGCUCAACAACCUCAACCCCAGCAGCAGCAACAACCGCCCACUCAGCAACAACAGCAACAGGGUGUCGUUUCUGCCAGUGGCGAGCUGAAAGACAAUCCCGCCAAAUUUUAUAUUGUUGACACGCCUGAUUUUCUUGGGCUUCCCAUGAAUGUCGGUUCAAAUGGUGGUCCUUCCGGCACAACCACACCGAAUUCACAUACUCAACAACAACAACACCAGCAGCAGCAGCAACAACAACAGUCGACAGUUGGUCCAAGUGGUAGUGUGAGUAACAAGCAGCAAGAAUCACAGAUUGGAGGCGAACUUAUGAGUUUUCAGAGUAUGUGGCCAUCCGCUGGAUCUGCUGCCUCGCAAAUGAUGUUCAGUGGAGGAGCACAGCAGCAACAGCAACAACAACAACAACAGCAACAAGCACAACAACAAGCGCAAAGUAAUGCACCAAGCGGACAAGCUGGUGCCGGAAAUGUUGGCGCGGCUGACCCGCACAAUUACAACAAUAUUGGCAGUAUCCUAACGAAUCUCAUUGACACUGCUCCAACUUCAAUGGAGUAUAAUUUUGACAUAAUGCAACCAGGUGGCGGGCAAAUGGGCGUUUCACAAUCUCAAGCGCAGGCGCAGCAACAGCAUCCACAAAAUUCACUUACUGCCCACCAGCAGCAACAGCAACAGCAGCAACAACAACAAUCGCAACCACAACAUCCGCACUCUGCUCACCACCACCAGCCGCAUUCACUUCAACAACAACACCAUAGCGCCGCUGCUGCAGCUAUUGGGAACUACGGCACAGCCGGAUUGAUGCGUCACACCAGCUUAUAUGGCUCUCCGAGUGGAGCUUCGCUGUAUGACACUAGCGCUGCGGCGGCUGCAGCUGCACACCACCACCAUCAUUUGCCUUCCCAUCAUCCCGGUUUAGGGGAUUUAACGGAACAACAAAAGAACAGUUUUCAACCCUAUCAUCCACAUGCGGCAUCACAUUCACUUGGUGGUCAUCAUCCACUUGCGCCAACCGCACAUCAUCCACUCGCACCACAUCUAUUGCCGCCACCACCGCAUGCAAGUAUCUACGAUCGCAGCGUAGGCAGUGGUUAUCCUACAAUGCUAAUGGGUGGCGGUGGCGAUGAGCAGAAAACUGUGCUGCCGCCAAUCAGUGAUUACAUGCAUCACAUACAACAACAGCAACUGCAGUCACAACACCCGCAACAAUCGGACCUAGUCUACUAUCCAGUGAAAAAUGAUUGACACCUAAAAUAGGGCGGGGCGUUGGGUGGGAGAGCAAUGACAGGUGAACAACAGUGUUUAAGCGGCAAUAGUAGCGGCAUAAGCACUUAUGGUGCACCAAAUCGGUUGAUGGCAGAACAAUUGAAAGUAAGCAUGAAUAAUCACACGCAGCAUCAACAGCUGCAAACAUUCAGACAUUAUCACAAUCAUAAAGCCGGAGAUGCACAUGCGCAUGCGCAACUACCACUACAUCACCAUCUUCAAAACUAUGCUUCUGCACAUCAUCAGUCACCGCACGCAUGGUGGCAUACAAUGACAGCGCUUGGCGCCACGCCGCCCGCAAUAACCGCACAAGCUGCAACAGCCACAGUUGCUGCGGGCGGUGUAGAAGGUGUAUUGGGAGACGAUGUUAGUGCAGCAACAGCUAUAUAUGCAUCAAACGCAACUAAGAGAGGCGAACAUUUCUUGUAAGCAUAAGUUAGAUUUAUAAGCUACAACAAACAUAAUAUAUAAAUAAAACUAUAUUAAAAAAACUUUAACUAUAUAUGUAUAUACAUACAUAUAAAAAUAUUAAGUAGUUAGGGUUACGCAGGCUGCGAUUUGAUGCGUCAGAAUAUGAGCAUAUACAUACAUAUAUUCUUAUGUAUAGACCUUAAAACGCUAAAACGGACACUAUUUAAAAACAACGCGAGCUCGCUAUAUAAUUUCCAGCAAAAGCAAGUCACUUUCGCUUUCAACAUUUCACAUCACUUCUUUGUAAUAAAGUCAUAAGUCCUACUUCCAACUGCAAUAACGUUCAGCUCAAUACAUAUGAGUACAAAAAUAAUUUAUAUUUGUCAUAAUUGAAAUUAAAAGUUUCCGAAAAAAUCAUUCGUGCUUAACAGUGUUGUGGAACGUAAGCGCCGUUCUUACAGUAUGUAGCAGUGUGUAUAACAUAUGAAAUUAUAGUGUAUGCUUGCUUAUGUAAACAUACAUAUUGCAAGAGUAAAGCUUAGAAUAUUACAUAUUAUCAAUACAAUAUCACAAAUUUUAGUUUAAACAAAUAUGUAAAUACUUUUAAAUACAUCUAGAGUUAAAAUACUUUAUACAUAUGUACAUACGUAUGUAUAUACACGCGCCCACAGCUACAAUAGAGAGGAAAUAUCUUAUAUAUAUGUAUAUAUUUGAACCGAUCAGCUACACAACAGGACAUGCGUAUAGACGAUAUAUGCGCUAAUUGUUGGCAUUAAUAUGUAUAUAAAUUUAUACAAAGGAAGGUAUGAGAAAAAUAACAACAACAAUAGUGGUAUAUACAUACGCUUAGCAUGUAAGUGGAAAUAUUUGACUACGCGCACAUAAGAGACAGUUAAAUAUGUUUUACAUACGUAUAUAUUUACAUUUAGAGUUCUAUUGUACGUAUAUGUAUAUGGACAUAUAAUUUUACUCAUAUACAUAUAAUACAAUAUAUUAAUAUGUAUACAUGGUUUAUAUUAUUGAUUGUACAUACAAAGUUUAUAUACUAUAUGAAAUCUCAUAGAGCUACGAAAGAGGUCUUCAUUCACACGCCCAUAAACACAUAUUGCACAUUAUUGAUUAAUUUAUCUGGUAACUCAAUAUCUCGAACAAAAGUUAUCUAGCACAUUAAAAUUUUUAUUUUCAAGUAUUCUUUAUUUUUUGUAAAUCUAGCAUUAAUUUGCGCUGGCUCAACGUUAUCUGUAAAUUCAUACUUUGUAUGCGUUAAAGUAUACAAUUCCCUAUCUAUCAUCCACAUACAGCUGUCCUUGCAACUAUUUAUUAUCCAUUUGUCUUUAAGUCCUUAUAGUAGUUGAAAUUCAAUUUUUUACUCUCAAAAAUCCGAUUUUUCUUAUACAAAAAUUGUAUAUAUUGUACAAUGAAAUAUAUGUAUAAAGAGAUUUUCAGUAUAAACAUGUAGUCACCUAAUGCAUAUUGAUUGGCAAGUUUGGCGACAACAAUAUGCCUUGAAUUAAUAUAAUAUAUUAAUUAUAUGUUUAUAUUGGAUUUUUUUUUUUAUAAAAAUAGGUUCAUAAAUAACCAACUAAUCAUUCAUCUCCAUUUAUAAACAAGCUCAUGCAAUUUCAAAAAAUAAACUUGAAAAUAAGAGAGUUUUAGAACUGCACGAUUGAAAGUUUUUUCAACAAACAAAAAUUCACAAGUGUUUUGUAAACUACAACACAAAUACAGUAUUUGAAAUCUCAGUUGAACAGCCUAACCAUCUCAUUAUGAUUGUUAAAUAUUUGUAUGAAUUUAUCAUAUUUCAUAGCUUACAUCUUAGAGCGCCAUUUAACCUAACCUCCAUCCCAUUUUCUUGAAAUUUAAAUACAACAAAAAUUAUAAACCAGCUUACAGUCGAUAACUUAUACUUUUAGAUGUUUAUGAAGCCAUUAAUAAAUUUGAAAAAAAGCAUUAAUUGUCUUAAAUUGAGUUUAUCAAUCAAUCGUCCAGCACUAAAACUUUUUAUACGCAGAAAAUAUGGUGUUAAAAACCCCUAUCAAUACAUAUGUAUGUAUAAAAUAAAUCAAAGAAUUAUUUGUCUUGUUUAUGUAGUUUCUAGAACACAGUUAACUUCUCUGGACUUAUUUUCUUGCAAAAACAUUCAUAACCACUUUUCUGUCAGUCAUAAUUUCCUCUUCAUUCGUUAGUAGCAAUUUGGUACUGAAUUUUCGUAGACAAAAACGAUGAAAUUGUAAAAUUUUUAAAUAAAUAUUUUAAUUAAAUAUUAAUUGAAUUGUUCCAAACGCCACACUUGAAUUCAUAUAUGAAGCGAAUUUCAGUAUCAAAUUGUUAAUUAACAAAUUAUUUAUUUAUUCCCGCCCCAUAUGUUAUUUUCACUAGGAAAAAAUCUCAAACGUAUACAUAUCCAAACUUACUAAUACAAAAUUAUCCAUUUCAUUCCCGACACAAACAAAAAAGUAACAAAAAAAAUUAUGUAAUUUGUAUGUAUUUACAAAAGUACGAGUGCCUAAUUUUAUUGGCACACACUUUUCUUAUUCUUGUUUAAUUAUAUACGAUACUUGUUUUUAAUUAAACAAUUUAUUAUAUGUAUAUACGUAUGUGUAUAUAUGUAUUUAUGUCAACGCUGUUAACAUUUCUUAAAGAAACGACGGCAAUACGAUUUUCGUAGUAAAGAAACUAGAAAUCUCCAUUUUCCUAUUUACCUACUAUUCGUACUCUGUUUACAACAUUAUUAGCCCAUUAGUCUAGCCUGUACGUAGUUUAAGCUAAUCUCAAACAAAUUUAAAACGAAAAACAAAUCCAUAUGAAUCUAAUAAUAUUUAAAGCACUUAGUUGUGGAGUUCUGCUCUCAUAGUCUUUUUUUGUUUUACACUUAUCUCAGCUAUUCCAUCAUCCGCUCACCACUCAACCUUCUGCUGCUAUUUUUGUGUGUACUCAUUUGCAUAUGACUUUAAAGUUAUUUGAAAAAGAGUAUACUUUACGCUCGAAAUAAAUAAUCAUUGUUCUUGUUAAUAUAUAAAAAUUUAAAAUAGACAACCCAUAAAUUAUGUAUACAUACUUACUAUAAUUAAAAAUUGUUUUUUUUUUAUUAUUAAUUUUUCUUGUAACUUAUAAGCAAUUUUAUAUACAUAAAACAUAAAGAACAAACACAAAAGAGAUGUUUUUUUUUAUUGAGAAAUCAAUAAUAUUCUACAAAAUAACCAUAUGUUAAUUUAAAGUACGUACGUAAAUAGUAAAGCAAGAUUAGUUUUAUGAUGAAAACAAAAGCAGAUAAAAAAUUAUGAAAGAAAAUACAAAAAAUAAUAUUUUAAAUAAAAUUGUAGUACUUGUAAGAAGCAACAACACAAACUUACAAAUUAAGUAAAAAAGAAAAAAAAUAAUAACAUCGUUAGAAAUGGUAAAAAAUGGUUGAAUAGAAAUGAGACGAUUGAAGAUUUGUAUUGCAUUACAAACAGCAUAUUUGUAUAUUUAAUAAAAAUCAUAGUGAAAUAAAUGCGAACUUCGUUUUAAAUGA